AUGACGGAACACAUCGAUAAUAAUCGAAUUCAUAAUGAUCUUCGUUAUCGUUUUGAUUAUAUAUCAAAAUUUCUUAAUUUUAAACAAAAUGAUAUAAAAUUACUUAAUACAUUAGCAUCAAUUAUAUUUCCAAGUAUUCCUGUUCUUGUUGAUAAUGUUUAUAGAAAAUUAUUUUCAUAUGAUAUAACAAAACAACAUUUUAUUUUACGUAAUCAAGGUUUUGAAAAUAUUGCUGCUAUAAAAGAUAAUAAUUUAACAAUAGAUUCAGCACAAAUGACACUUAGAAAAGAUAUGUUAAGUAUGUAUUUAAAACGUAUAUUAACACAAACGGAAUGGAAUGAUGCAUUUCUUCAAUAUUUAUCACAAGUUGGUCAAAUACAUGCAAGUAAAACUGGUGCAAGAGCAAUUAAUGUUGAUUAUAUGCAUAUCAAUGUUUUAUUUGGUUAUAUAGAACAUUUAUUAGUCGAUACUUUAUGGACUAUUGAAAAUCUUGAUGAUAAAACAAAACAUGAUAUGAUUAUGGCAAUUAAUAAAUUAUUUUGGAUUCAAAAUGAUAUUUUUACAAUGCAUUAUGGAAUGUCAACAAAAGACAAAUCAUUAUCUAUUGAUACAACAAAAAUCAAACCAAAACGUUGUUGGUUAUUUAAUUAA